CUGCGCUCCGCUCCGCCGCUCGGCUCGGCUCUUCCUCCCUUCUCUCCUCUCCUGCUCUCUUCUUCUCGGCUCUCCUCUUCCCUUCCUCUCCCCGUCGCUGCUCUCGUCUCCCCGCUCCCCUCCCGUCCCCUCCCCGCUCUCCCCUCUCCGGCUCCCACUCGCCGGCCGCUCGCUGGCGCACAGACUCACCGUCCCUUGGCCAAUUAUCAUAUUCAUCACCCGCAGACCGCACGGUGCGUGCGCGCGCGUUUCCCUCUCGCUGCCGGCGAAAGAGAGGCUCGGUCCCACUGCCCUCGGCGCCGCGUGAGUAUCCUCGCCCCCUGCGAGUCCCCUCCCCUUUUCCAGAAUCACUUGCUCCGGCUGCUUCUUGAAUGAGAAGAAAAGAAAACAGACUUCCAUUCCUCUUGCCCGUGUAAACAUUUCCCCCAGGAGAAAAACGGUGUGCUUUAAAUGAAUCAUAAUAAAAUAGCCUGUAAACAGUUUCUAAGCAGGAGCCUCGGUGGAACUCCGCGCUCCGCUCCUCCCAGUUCCUAAGAGUAAGUGACCCGCUUGGCUUUUCUUUCUUUCUCUUUCCUGCUGGUGGCUGGGGGUGGUGUUUGCGACUGGGGGAGGCUGAUGGUGCUGGACUUGCGGUGAUCUUGCCACCUUUUGUGUGCUGUUUCGGGGGCUGGAGGAGGCGUUUGCUGCCUUUCCUUCUUUCUCUUGCCCUCUCUUCUCACGGGAGGGGACCGCGAGGGGGACCGGGUCGCUUUUUGUUGUCUGGAUCCCCGCUUUUCGCCAGACCUCACCCUCCUCAUCUCCCGGGUUAAAACUCCUGGGCUGGUCCCCGGGUCCUUUCUUUGUCUUGUUUAUUAUAGCUGCCUUUCUUCCAGGCUCUUCCAAUUUGCUUGUCAUUUGCAUACCUUUCACUUCUCCUUUUUAACCCCAGCAGAGGGCCGGGGAGUGGGGAGGAGGGGAGACGAAGGAGGGGGGCGCUCCUUUACUUUCCUCUCCAAACGCUUGUGGAAGCCGAAAUGUUGAAAUCGGGGUUGCAGCCCUGGAGAGAGGGGUCCCGGGAAGCGAGCGCGGCGCACCUCUGUAUGAGCUGGAUGGAACCAGAGCUGGGUCAAGUUGAGUCGGGGUCCCGGGAUUCUUGAGCUGUGCCCAGCUGACGAGCUUUUGAAGAUGGCACAAUAACCGUCCAGUGAUGCCUGACCAUGACAGCACAGCCCUCUUAAGCCGGCAAACCAAGAGGAGAAGAGUUGACAUUGGAGUGAAAAGGACGGUAGGGACAGCAUCUGCAUUUUUCGCGAAGGCAAGAGCAACGUUUUUCAGUGCCAUGAAUCCCCAAGGUUCCGAGCAGGACGUGGAGUAUUCAGUGGUGCAGCACGCAGAUGGGGAGAAGUCAAAUGUACUCCGCAAGCUGCUGAAGAGGGCGAACUCGUACGAAGAUGCCAUGAUGUCUUUUCCAGGAGCAACCAUAAUUUCCCAGCUGUUGAAAAAUAACAUGAACAAAAAUGGUGGCACCGAGCCCAGUUUCCAAGCCAGCGGUCUCUCCAGUACAGGCUCCGAAGUACAUCAGGAGGAUAUAUGCAGCAACUCUUCGAGAGACAGCCCCCCAGAGUGUCUUUCCCCUUUUGGCAGGCCUACUAUGAGCCAGUUUGAUAUGGAUCGCUUAUGUGAUGAGCACCUGAGAGCAAAGCGCGCCCGGGUGGAGAAUAUAAUUCGGGGGAUGAGCCAUUCCCCUAGUGUGGCAUUACGGGGCAAUGAAAAUGAAAGAGAGAUGGCCCCGCAGUCUGUGAGUCCCCGGGAAAGUUACCGAGAGAACAAACGCAAGCAAAAGCUGCCCCAGCAGCAGCAGCAGAGUUUCCAGCAGCUGGUGUCGGCCCGAAAAGAACAGAAGCGAGAGGAGCGGCGGCAGCUGAAACAGCAGCUGGAAGACAUGCAGAAGCAGCUGCGCCAGCUGCAGGAGAAGUUCUACCAGAUCUACGACAGCACCGACUCUGAAAAUGACGAAGACGGCAACCUGUCCGAGGACAGCAUGCGCUCGGAGAUCCUGGAGGCCAGGGCCCAGGACUCUGUCGGGAGGUCAGAUAACGAGAUGUGUGAGCUGGACCCAGGGCAGUUCAUCGACCGGGCGCGAGCCCUGAUCAGAGAGCAGGAAAUGGCUGAGAACAAGCCGAAACGAGAAGGCAACAACAAAGAAAGAGACCACGGGCCAAACUCCUUACAACCAGAAGGCAAACAUUUGGCCGAGACCUUGAAGCAGGAGCUGAACAGCGCCAUGUCGCAAGUUGUGGACACUGUGGUCAAAGUCUUUUCGGCCAAGCCCUCCCGCCAGCUUCCUCAGGUCUUCCCCCCUCUCCAGAUUCCCCAGGCCAGGUUUGCAGUCAACGGGGAGAACCACAAUUUCCACACCGCCAACCAGCGCCUGCAGUGCUUUGGCGACGUCAUCAUUCCGAACCCCCUGGACACCUUCGGCAACGUGCAGAUGCCUAGCUCCACCGACCAGACGGAGGCGCUGCCCCUGGUUGUCCGCAAGAACUCCUCUGACCAGCCUGCCUCCGGGCCCCCCGCUGGCGGCCACCACCAGCCACUGCACCAGUCACCUCUCUCUGCCACUGCAGGCUUCACCACUUCCACCUUCCGCCACCCCUUCCCCCUUCCCCUGAUGGCCUACCCAUUUCAGAGUCCACUAGGUGCUCCCUCGGGCUCCUUCUCUGGAAAGGACAGAGCCUCUCCUGAAUCCUUAGACUUAACUAGGGAGACGACGAGCCUGAGGACCAAGAUGUCGUCCCACCACCUGAGCCACCAUCCCUGUUCACCAGCACACCCACCCAGCGCCGCCGAAGGGCUCUCCCUGUCGCUCAUAAAGUCCGAGUGUGGUGAUCUGCAGGACAUGUCCGAGAUCUCACCUUACUCGGGAAGUGCAAUGCAGGAAGGAUUGUCACCCAAUCACCUGAAAAAAGCAAAGCUCAUGUUCUUUUAUACCCGCUACCCCAGCUCCAAUAUGCUGAAGACCUACUUCGCCGACGUCAAGUUCAACAGAUGUAUUACCUCUCAGCUCAUCAAGUGGUUUAGCAAUUUCCGGGAGUUUUACUACAUUCAGAUGGAGAAGUACGCGCGUCAAGCCAUCAACGAUGGGGUCACCAGCACUGAGGAGCUGUCCAUAACCAGAGACUGUGAGCUGUACCGGGCUCUGAACAUGCACUACAACAAAGCAAACGACUUUGAGGUUCCAGAGAGAUUCCUGGAAGUUGCGCAGAUCACGUUACGGGAGUUUUUCAAUGCCAUUAUCGCAGGCAAAGAUGUUGAUCCUUCCUGGAAGAAGGCCAUAUACAAGGUCAUCUGCAAGCUGGAUAGUGAAGUCCCUGAGAUUUUCAAAUCCCCAAACUGCCUACAAGAGCUGCUUCAUGAGUAGAAAUUUCAACAACUCUUUUUGAAUGUAUGAAUAGUGGCGGUCCCAUUUGGAUGUCUAAGUUAUAUGUGUCUAAAUGUUGAUUUCAUAUAUAUGUGUACAGGAGGCACGGAUGUGUUAUGAAAUCAGCUGGUAAUUCCUCCUCUUCAUCUUUCUCUCAUUUUCUUUCGUUUUCCAUUGCAAGUGGAUGGUUAUUUUUUUUUUCCACCUUUAUUUUUGCCCAAGGCCCUUACCAUUUAGAGACUUAAAAUAGGGUUAAUUUUCAGGGAAAAGGAAUGUUGACGUGUAUAAAGUCUAUAUUAGCAAGGAUGGGCAUUUGUUAACCAUGCCUCCGUGUGUUUGAUGGCUUAUUGCAAAUGGCGGUUGGCCGAGGGAAGCCCCAUGACAGAGCACAGUUCUACCGUCGUGUGUCUCAUCAUCUUACUGCUAAGAAGGUCUGAAAAUUCAGUGAAACCACUUCAUAAACUUAAACACUUUGUUUGGUUUGAACUCAAUAAGUUGAUUUUUCUUACAUGUUUAAAAGUAACACCAAUGGCAGAUGAACAACUCGCUUUUUCCAAAAGUGCCCCAAAGGACCAAAUUAAAAAAGAAAAAUCAUCAUUAACUAUCAAGCCUUUCCUAGGAGAAAUGGCAGACACCUCAAACUAGUACCAGUUUCUUACGGAGGCAAAGCAGUUUUGCACAAAACUGACUCUUCCCAGCUGAGAGUGGAAAUUCCUACGUGAUCUUUUAGCCACCUCUCUAAAUCGUACAGUGUGUCCUUCUUCGUAAUCGGUGAGCAUACAUCAGUCUUCACGGAGAAAAACCCUAACCCGUUAUUUCUGUUUAUCUUCCUCUUGCUUCAGAUGUUAAAAGGCACAUAAGUUUUGUAUGCUUAAAAGGCUUAUUAUUUCUGUUUAAUAUUUAACAUUUUUCCCUAAAACACUAUUUUCUGAAUACUUUUCUACAAUAAGGAAUAAUGGAAAAUUCCAUUUUGACCACAGAACUCCUGACUACACUACAAGUUUGUUGAUAGCCGUUAGCUGACUUGAUCUUCACCUCCCAAGAGGAGCCCAUAAGAGAAUGACUUAUUUUCAUAAACAAUUCCACACCACUCUAACGGCUGUUCAAAGUGGUGACAGUCUAAUGAAGUGUUUCCUCGUUUUAGGUAUAGCGUUGUCAAGCAAUUGAUAAAUCUCUUCUAACUCAAAGCUACUAUUGACCAAAACGUAAGAAGAGUGUGUAGCAUGGGCAGGUUUGGGGUUAGCCCAAAAGACACAAUUUCAGCACAUGUAAGAAAGCUAGCUGCUAUUUUAUGCUUUCUUCAAUGGUUCUCCUCUGUUUUCUUUUCUUUUUUCUUUCUGUCCAGUUUGUAAACGAUGUGCAAUGCCCCAUGCUUGCUUUUUAAAACACGGCAUUCACACUUGUCAUUUUCCUAGAUGGGUUUUUGUGCACAGAUGCAGUAAGAAUUUAUUGUUCAUUCUAGUAGUGUUUUCCAGGCCCCUCCCCUCAGGUAUUUUGAUACCCACCUCCUAAAAUGACUGCAUAACAAGUCUGGUAUUUAGAUCAUACAGAACAUAAAUGCUAUUUUUUCUUUAAUUUUUUUUUUUUUUAAUUUCAUUUGACUUUGGAGAAUGCAAGUUGACCCAUGUGACAACUAGCUGACCUGCUUGCUGUAAUUUAACAUCAUUUACAAAUUCUGCUGAUGGACAAGAAUGUAUGAAUGCAAUUAUUGUCAGCACAAAGCCUUAAAACCUGCUGACUUUAAAUUAAACGGUGCAGUCCUGUGCUGCCCGGUCAUCAUUCAGGAACCGGCAGUCGUGCGCCAUGUGGACAGAGCGGGUGGCAGCGUGGGCUGGAGCAACAGCCCCUUCGCUCUCGACCAAAGCCAAGUAGAUCUCCCAGCUCAUACCCCCCUCCAUGAUGCACACAGACUUAUCAGACCCGAUGGUUCUUGUCGCUUAAAAAAAAAAAAAAUUAAGAUAAUUAGUACCUUGGAAUAAGAUGCUAAAAAACAAAACCCAAUCGCACAAAGUAGGGAAGCAGUCUCAGCUUGUGGUCACACUCUCUUGACUUCAGGUAAAGACAGUGACAUUCACUGUUCACGUCAGUGUGCACCUGGAUCUUCGAGGGUCCGCGUAAGUCAUAUCAACAUUGUGUGGCCAUCUGCAAGGUAAAAGGCAAAGCCCUCGUGUAUUCACCUGUGUAGACAGAUUCAUAGGUAUCUUUUUGAUCUGGGGCAAAUUCAGUAUUGAUUCAAGACUUCAUUUGGAUUCGGAGUAUUAUUUCCACCUGCCUUUCUAAUUUAAAUAGACAAAUUCAGCAAAAGUGUGUGUUCACAAUCCAGUGGUGAUAUGCUUUUCUACUGAUGCUAUCCUCAGUGUUCACUGAGGCAGAGAAAUGAUUUCAGAGUAGAAAUUGCACCAUGAGGACAAACUCACCUCUUUGUUCUGAAAAUAGAACUCGGUCACUUUGCUUUUAGGUGGUUUGUUCCCUUUUAAAAUAUGAAGCCUUGUGCCUCCCAGUGCAUGGAGAGAUGACAAAAGCCUAUCUCUCAAAACUCCUAUUUAAUUAACAGUUAGGAAACAAAUCGCCAUCUUUCAAGCGUCAGCUCAACUCUCUCCAAGGGAAAAUGGGCUACUUGGGAGAAAGUUAACUUUCUCUGAUGGGAGAGUGGAGGAUGAGGGACAGUUUACAUAGAGGAAAAAAAAAAAGACUUUAGACUUUUGAAAUAGCACAUUUUCGCUUCUUCUCUGCCAGCCUGAAGUUAUUUUUGCAUCUACACUUGAGGUUAUAGUCUGUGCCUAGAUCUAAAAUGCACCAGCGGGGGGGAUUUUUAAAAAUCCUUCAAAAUACCAGUUUUUUCCCACAAGUACAAUUGUUCUCGUGCCUUCUGUGGCUUUCGAUCUCAUCUUUUUUGACUUUAUUUCCAAUUACGACAGCUGCAAUAAACACUAGAUUUUUUUUUUUUUCUGGCUGUUUGACGUGACGUUGAUAGCUAUGCAUAUUUUGUGUCUUUUUAAAACAAAGCGGGAGAAUACGUUUUUGAAGAAGAGAAUUUUUAGAACAGUUUGAUACCGCAAAUUAUUUUUUCCUCAAUUGUUUGAGCAGCAUUCAAGUUUUGAAAAUUCUUGUAGAAGCCAAUUUUUUGUAACUGUGGUGCAAAUCUUGUGUUUUCUUAGCCUAAUAAAAAGUAGUAUAGAAGCAAUAUUUCAUACCAUGUGUUAUAUGUGUGUGUGCAGAUGUGUCAACAUAAGGACACACACAUAUACACACAUGUAAAAUAUACAUAUAUAUGCGUGUGAAGUGGAAAGCUUACCUUUUCCUAUCUAGAUUCAAGAACCUAUUUUAGACAUUUGUUAUGUUUUGUGAAAAGAAUGUUCUAUUUGCAACAACAAAACAUUUAAUUCUUACUGUAUCUCUGGCUGUUUAAUGAGGAUGUUUCACAUUAAAUGGUAAAACACGUGGAAGAUGUUAGAAUGUAGCCAUUAUAUAAGGAAAUGUUCACCCAUAUAUUCCUGAUGUUUGCUUUGUGCCUCUGAGUAUUAUUUAAUUAAAGUGUUUUAUGUUUGCAGAAUCUUUGUUACUGUACUAGGGAUGUGGGUGAAUAUCAUUUUUAAAAAUUAAAAAAAACACAGCAACAACACUAAACAAGAGGGGAACUUUUAUAAAGCAAUGUAAAUAUUUAAGCUCAUGGCUGUUAGGUAAGACGUGAGAUCUGAAUAAAUAACGACAUUCUCACAACAUCUGUUGAAGUCAUUAGGGACACUACGGUGGCUGUAUAGACAGGCGAAAGCAUUCUUGAAAAUCCUGCUCUUUACUUUUAAAUGAUAACAGUCUCUUUCAUCAGAUGUCUAGGGCAAGGGCAAUGAGUUUCUGUAAUUUAUGAAAUUUCUUUUCUGUGUACAUGAAGACAUUUAAUAAGUAACUCCCCCCCAUCUACCAUCCACCACCUCCCCCCCCCCCACACAGGUUAAUACUAAGUCAUAAAGCUAAAGAUCUGGGGGCUUUAAAAAUAGAGUGUCCCCCAAAAGCAAUCAUAAAUUCAUCAGAGAAAAAGUGGUUUACAGUCUCUCCUGAAAGAGGCACUGUACAUUCAAGGACAGAGCAAAAUCUCUUGGCCGAGUAUAUCACGGAGUAGUCAUUGGUGUGGAUAGUAUACAUGUUUCCUUCUGGUACAAACUCUGUGUUUGCAAAUUACAAGCAGCAUUGUUUUCAAAAAAGCUCCCCUUUAAAAAAAAAAAAGUAACUGGUUUAUAUGCAUAAGCAGUUACUGUAUUGCACUUAAAUGUUA